AUGGUGCUACGCGAAGCAAUGGAUAACGAAGGCUGGCCCUCGUUGCUGAAAACGCAGCAAGCCCUGCUAGAGGUUCUUGCGGAAUUUACUCAAUCCGCCAAGAGCUUCGAAGUAUGGAGCAUGGGUCUCGUCGACGUCAGGUUCAAGCUACUUGCUGAUUAUUGGAAUGACUUCCAAGCCAAUCAUAAGGAUCUGAUUCAGGGCGCACCUGUUAACAAAGUUGCCUCCUUGAGAGCCCUGUACAGGUCCGCAGAGGGAUACUACCUCGACGCUAAGGCGUGCCUGUAUGACGCUAGGAGUCGGCUGUUCCCGAUCAUGCCAGGAGGUGGUGGCCAGUCACCGCUCCCCGAACCGCUCCCUGGACCGCACUCGGGCUCUCGCCUGCCGAGCAUCAAUAUCCCGCUCUUCUCUGGCCCUCGCGAGGAUUGGCAGUCUUUCCGCGACCUGUUCCAGGCGCUCAUUCACCAGGAUGCUCGGCUCACCGACGUCGAGAGGCUUUACUACCUAAAGACAAACGUGCAGGGUGAGGCAAAAGCAGUUUUGGACACCUUGCAGCUCGUUGGCUCCAAUUAUUCCACUGCCUGGAGUCUUCUUGUCUCGCGGUUCGAGCAUCGCCGCCUCCUUGUGCAGGACCACGUCAUGGCACUGCGAACGCUCAAGCCUCUGCGCGAGGAGUCCGCUGCUGGUCUGCAGGGCUUGCUCGAUGCCUUAGAAAAGCACCGUGAUCAACUGCGAGUGCUCAAUCAGCCGGUGGAACAUUGGGAUGUGUGGAUGGUCUCUUUUGCCUCGACCGCCAUGGACCCCUCGACUCGGAGAGCCUGGGAAGACGAGCUCGAGAAGUUGGAGACAGCCAGCUCUGCACAAAGGGAAGCAGCCUCCUUCGCCACUUUGUCCAGCUUUCUUCGGAGGCGCGGCCGCUCACUGACUUCAAUGGAAGCCUCGCGCCCUCCCCGAUCAACGAACGAUCCUGUACGCUCGACCGGCAGUCGCCCUUCCGCGCCGACGCCACUCAGCCGCAACCACCGAUCUUUAGCCACCCACGUAGUCAACGAUGACUGCCCUGCUUGCCACGCACCGCACAACGUAGGUCACUGCAGCCGUUUCCUGGAACUGGACGCCCUUGGGCGAAGGGGUCUCGUCGCUCAGCACAAGCUGUGCUUUAACUGCCUGAAGCCGGGCCACAUGGCAACUGUCUGCCCUUCCCAAGGCGUUCAGCUCAUGGUACCCGGGGGGCGGACAGUCACAGCAAGAGCACUAGUCGACGCUUGUUCAGAGAUUUCAAUCACGUCCACUGCACUUGCUGGAAAGCUUGGCGCCAGUCCCGAGCCAGCCGUCACGAGCAUCUCUGGCGUCGGAGGCGCUGUCUUUAUGCACUCCCCAACGAUUGCAAGUUUGCAGCUCCAAACCCUGAACUCAACCCGGACGUUGCGGCUGACUGCGCACUGCUUGCCCCAAAUGGGACUCCGCACCCCCUCCAGACCGUUGCAACCAGCCGUCAUCGAACUCUGGAACGAUUUACCAGAUCUUUCAGACCCGACCUUUGGAAUACCGGGCGGCGUCGAUAUCCUACUUGGAGCCGACGUGUACCCUCAUCUACUACGGCCAGGGCAGUUAUUCCGUGGAGAUCUUGUCGGACAGCUCACCGUUUCCGGCUGGAUGCUCGCCGGUCACGUACCGGACCAAGCGACCUCGUCCUCGCCGGCUGCUUGCAUGACAACACAGGACACCUCAGCUCCGCCUUGGCACGAGCAGCUAAUCACACUGAUGCAAUGGUUUUGGGAAUUGGAGGACCUACGAGCGGCACUGCUCGCAACGAGGCUGCUACGCAUAGUUGCCGAGGAAUAUGCUGUGAGCGUUGAGCACUGUCACGCCUGGAGCGACUCCCAGAUCGUGCUUCACUGGCUCCGAUCAUCGGAGCCGACAAACAACUCAUUGAUCGACAAUUACGUGGCUCACACCCAGGAGCUUCUGCCCUCCCACGUAUGGAGAUAUGUUCCGACGGACUCUAACCCAGUGGAUGUGGCGUCCUGGGGCACGGAUCUGUUCACGCUUCAGAAAAUGCGUGCUUGCUCCUGCAACCCAGUCACUGACAGCGCCCUCCAAUUUUGUUGUGCUGUUCAAUGCACUACGCCAAAUCUGCUCGAGAAGUUCUCAGACCUUGGCCGUCUCCUACGCUUCCUCGCUCGACUGCGUCGCUGGAUCCGUCGUCGGCUACGUCGAGAUCCCGCUCCCUCGCCUUUCACCCCUCUGACGACGAUUGAGCUGCGCGAUGCCUACCUCGCCUGCGUCCGCCUCAGCCAGCGACAAUUCUUCGCGCUAGAGAUUGCGAGCUUGCAAAAGGGCGGCCGUGUCCUUGCGAAAAGUCCACUGCUGUCUCUAGACCCGAUCUUCUCUGAUGACGUCCUUCGAGUUGGCGGUCGUCUCCAACAUUCUGUGCUCACCUUCGAUGAGCAGCAUCCGCCAAUCCUCGACAGCCGAUGCAGCCUCGCUCGGCUCAUUAUCCAGUGGGCUCAUGCUCGUGCUCUUCACGGAGGAGUCAGAGUCACCAUCGCCUAUGUGGCUCGCAAGGCCUGGAUUGUUGGCGGGUGGCGGCGAAUCAAAAGCAUUCUCCAGAGAUGCGUGGUCUGCGCCCGACUGCAGGCGCGGCCUGCCACUCAACACAUGGCACCUCUACUGGCCUCACGGGUUACUCCUGCUCGAGCUUUCUCUCGCACUGGAGUUGACUACGCUGACCCAUUCAACAUUUUGUCUGCUAAGGGCCGAGGCAUCCGCACAAACAAGGGCUACGUCGCGAUCUUCGUCUGCAUGACCACCAAGGCGUCACACCUUGAGCCCGUUGGCGAUCUCUCUACUGAGUCAUUCAUUGGAGCGCUCACAAGAUUCUGCGCCAGACGCGGUCGGCCCUUAGAGAUCUGGAGUGAUAACGCCACCUGCUUCCGCGCCGCAGACCGUGAAAUGCGCGAGGCUCUCCAGGAUGCCGAAAUAAAGUGGGAGCGUGUUGCUGGCUCACUGGUUGAACAAGGCGUCAAGUGGCACUUCAUUCCUCUACGGGCGCCCCACUUCGGCGGACUAUGGGAGGCCGGUGUCAAAGCAAUGAAACAUCAUCUCCGUCGUGCCCUUGGACCGCGCUUAGAUGAUCUGGACAUCCUCACCCCUGGACACUUCCUUGUUGGUGGCCCGCUGAAUUCUGUGCAUGAGGCCAGUACCCCGCCCGAGAAGCUCGAUCGCCUAAGUCACUGGAAGCUGGUCCAGGGAAUCCGAGACCAGUUCUGGAGCCACUGGAGCCGCGAGUACUUGAACACGCUCCAACAACGACCCAAGUGGAAGGUCCCACGUCGUAAUUUCCAGGUUGAUGACGUCGUCGCCGUGGUGGACGCCACGCUCCUCCAGUCUAGCGGCACGUGGCUGCUCGGUCGCAUCAUCUCGGUUCAUCCCGGACCCAACGGGCUCGCUCGCGCCGCCACCAUCCAGACCGCCACUGGUGAAUACACCCGUCCCAUCAGCAAGCUCUCUCUACUGCCCGUCCGAUCGCCUAGUGCCGGCGACGUCGCCUCCAAAGACCCUGUGGCUGAAUCUGACCCAGGAUCUUUACACGCUGGCUUUGGUAACACAGAAGUCAGUAAAUUAUUUAAUGUUCCGAACAUCUCAAGUAUGAGUUUCAAUGCUUUAAAAAGAAGUAAAAAAGAAAUUGGACCUAUCGUAGGAGACGUAGCUCAGUAA